GUGAGAGAAAGAACAGAACUAGGAGGAGGAACCCUAAUCGAAGAAAUACUUGCCGAAAUCAAGUGCCGCUCCCAAAUGUGGUAAGCGGAUCUGAGCAUCUCUCUGCGGUAGCUGCCCUCUGGCCGCCGGCCUCCACCAUUCGUCUCCACCCAUCUGCCGAAAGAAGCCAAUCAAUCUCCUUGAAACCAGGUACCGCAACCGAUCCUCUAACCCGACUCGUAUCUGCCUAUUUCUUGCAAAAAAGACACAAUCAAGACGCCCUUGCUCCGGCUGGUGUAGUCUGCCGGAAAAUAAACUCCACCUCCAAACGAAGCCUGGUUUCAUCGCCGGCGUAGUCCGGACGUGUCCGGGGCCUUUGACCUCGUAUCUGGUCAACGAUACUCAAGUUGGACUGUCAUAUACUUUUCCCAGUGUGAUCGAACCCGCGAUUUCUCACUAGGUUUGGUGUAUUGUGCUUUGUAGUUUCUUUGAGCAGCUGUUCUGUUCAGCAUGGCGACGGCUGAGGCUGCAACAUCUUCAGUUGGACCACGCUAUGCACCCGAUGAUCCAACCCUCCCCCAACCAUGGAAGGGUUUAAUUGAUGGAAGUACUGGAUUAAUGUACUACUGGAAUCCUGAAACUAAUGUUACACAAUAUGAGAAGCCCUCGGCAGCUCCUCCUCCGCUGCCACCUGGUCUGCCUCCCCCUACUCCCAAACUUGCUCCGAUACCCGGGGCUACUUCUGUUCAACCAAGUGAUGCGCAAGGCCAGCAGCAAAGCCCUCACAUCGGCCAGAGCUUGAAACAAGAGCAGCCACAACAGGGUCCCUCACAAGUUUCAGCUGGACAGCAGCAGGGUUCACAUGUAAAUCCUACGAUGCAACAACAGUUGCACCAUGUUAGGCCUUAUGGAAUGCAACAGGCAAGUCACCAAAUGCCUAUGGUGCAGCCAGGGCCAUUGCAGCACUUUACUCAGCCACAGGUCCAGCAAGUGCAGCCAUUUCAAGGAAUGCAGGCAGGAAAACAUCAAGAUUUUCAAUUUACUCAGCACCAGACAUCACAUGGUUUGUAUAGUCACCAGAACAUGAAUUCCCAAGCCCAAAGUGUUCCAGAGCAGCAGAAGCAUCAUCUUUUGCAAGGCCAACAUUUUCCCCACCAACAAGAGCACAACAUAGAGUUCAGUCAGAGGGAGGAUGCAGAAAUUCCACAAGGAAAACAAAUGGGGUUUUCACCAAUCCCCUUUCAGCAAUCUAGCCAGUCAUCAACUCUUGCUCCCAAUCCCAUGGCUGGACCACCGUCUCAACCAAUGCAAUAUAGUGGUUCUUCUGCUAAUAUGCAGCAGCCAGCAUCUCAAGUACAUUGGUCGCACAGCGGGUCAGAUUCAGCACACUACCAGCAUGCUCCCCGGUUCCAAAGCCAGAUGGGUCCAGUGUCUUCACAUGGUCCUCAGCUAAAUGUGCCACCACCUGGAUCUAAUGUAGGAUAUGAAGAAAACUUACAUGGAAAAGUAGGGAAUAAGUUUUAUGAGAAUCCUAUCAAGGACGUCCAUGCCAUGCCUCCUCAGGCUUCACAUCCCAUGCUUGCAGCCAUACCCCAUGCCAGAUCUCAGCAUGAGAUGAGGACCGCUGACCAAGCAAUUCAGAAUUCAGCACAAGGAUAUCCUGGUGGAUAUAAUAAUUCUGGAGGUCCACCAUUGCAUAAUAUUUAUGGUCAAGCAACCAGUGGCGGUGGACCCCCGAUUUCAACAAUCGCUCAAAUGCGCCCACCGUCAACUUCUAUGGGACAUCCGGACGCUGAGGAUUAUCGUAAAAAACAUGAAAUCACUACAAUGGGUGAAAACGUUCCAGAUCCAUUCAUCACAUUUGAGGCUACUGGUUUUCCUCAAGAAAUACUCAGAGAUGUGCGAUAUCUGCUCCGGAGGAGGAGCACAUGUCGUACGCUGUAUUGCUAUGAAAUGCUCAUACACUUCCACAACCAGUAUAUUGAGUUUUUUUGAGGCUGCAAAAUGGAUAGUUGAAGCCUCUUGCAUAGCUUCUUGAAGGGUAGUUGGCCCUUCAUCCAAAUAACAAUAUAUGUGACUGGGAUUUCUAGCUUAUUGGCUCUGCAUCCUCUGUUUUAAUUGCUCUAUUUUGUUGCCUUGAGUUGCUUCUGUAAGCAGCUGCAUUC